AUGGCCAGCAACGCCGCCCUGGACGAUGUUCGUGCUAUGAAGAGUCGCAGCGCGGAGCACGCGCGGUACCGAGUCAUCGAUGAGCCCGACGAUCCCGAGGUGCAAGACAACAUCGACAGGAUGCGCCGCGAGGCCUGGGAAAAGCACGAGGAGCGUCGGAGGACAUGUGCCCGUGGCCUGGACACGCGGGACAUGUUCUUGGGCCGCGAACUGGUGUACGUCAAGCUGGUCAGUGCCGGCGCGGUGCCCAUAACACCGACCGAGUUUUUGAAUGCGGCGUCUAAGAGGUCUCUCUGCGUCAAGGAUCUGUCGCGGCCACCUCCAAACAUGCAGGCACGGGAAGGCCGCUUGCGCAUGCUCGCGCUGCGGGAGCAUUACCAGACGUUGUUCAAGAAGCUCCCGGAUAAGGCAGCGCAGAAGUUUUCGCCGAACCAGCUGGGGGACGACGACGGACCAUCGAAAGCGCUGGUGGGUUUGGUCAAUCACCACUCUGGCGAGGUGGUGGAGCUGGACGGGUGCAGAACGCAGUGGUGCCUUCGCAAGGUCGCACCAGGCAUUGCCAGUGCCGCGCAAUUCGAGAAUCCACAAUUCUGGCGCGUGCAAGGCGGUUACACCGUGGGACGACGCCCGGAGGGGCGGUGCGAGUACGGCCGGUGCGGGCCCGAGCUCUUCGCCAGAGCCGUCGACGCACAGGCCCAGCGCGAAGCCGCCGCCGUGAACGAGGGCGAGGACAUCAACCCACAGGUCUACAUGCCCGCCUGGGCCCGCCAGUGGAGCAGGGUAUGCGUUCCGUGCGAGGCGGUCGAGACGCGCGAGUGGUGUCGGCAGAGCCCCGUCACGACGCUGGGGGAGCUCCUCUGGGACUUGGGCCGGACGCACACGGCCAAGGCCAUCUACGCCUUCUACAGGACGCUCCGGCUGGUCGCGUUGAAGAGGGACAAGAACAGUUCCACCAAGGCGAGCAGUGCGCCAGGCUUUGCCAGCGCAUCUCGGCCAGCCGGGUCGGCAGCUGCUUUCGGUUUCACAGGGUCCGACCUCCAGGCGCCCCGCAUCCGCGCAGAUUACUCGUGCCCGGCGACCAACCGCAAGGUGCUCGUGAAGGACUGCAUAGAGGCGGUGGGCUUGUUCACAGCGUGCGUCAGUUUUAAGACCAAGCAAGGGUUGCUGGACGAGGCUGCGAAGUGCGCGACGUCGGUGUUGCUUCGGAACAUGCGCCCGCCGUGGCUGGAUCACGUGUUCCCCCAGGCCUUGCCAGGGGAUGGCUUGUUGUCCAAGUUCACCAGACCGUCUUUCCUCUACUGGGACGCCAGCUUCCUCGACAUGCUUUUCGGCACCGCUCUGGGAAGCGAUCUCAACGACCAAGCGGUCAGCGUCGACUACCAGCUGGCGGGUGUCAUCGCGCGCCCCCUGUAUAAGUGCACGCAGAUCGUCGACGCCGGCGCCGGAGCAGCGUGCACGAACGAGUGCGCUGAAAGGAAACAGGGCGCCGAUGAGACGCCGGGCUUUCCCAGUGUUGCCCUUCGCGCCCUGUACUUGUACCCCGCGGUGUUCGGGCCGGAUGGCGAGCCCACGCCGCUUCGCGCGAUGACGCCCCAUCGCGUGUUCGCGCACGCGCCUCCGGAGAAUUGGGGGUGGGGCGUCGAGCGAGUCCAGCGCCACGUGGUAACCCAGGCGAACCCCACGAUAUCCACGGCCACGCCGACAUGGCACACUUACAACGCGGAGGAGAGCGAGGCCAUGUGGAUCGCAUCCAGUGCGUGCAAGGCCACGCCGCCGAGCAAGACGUGA